AUGGCCUACCAGGCUCCGACCUACCAGCCUCAGUCCGAUAUCUCAAUCACAAAGGUGUCGCAGGAGGGAUUUCUAAUAACGACUUGGACGCUUUUUGCGGUCUCCAGUAUACUGUUUAUCGUGCGCACCAUCAUCAAGCUGAAAGUGCUUCGCAAGCUUUCUAUUGACGAUGCCCUCUUUACCUUGGGAUACUUGCUUCUCGUGGGAUUGUCGGUCCUCUCGACCAAUAUGGUCCCCUGGUGGUUCUCACAUACCCUCAUGCUUUACGGUCACGCCGCGCGGCCGGACAACUACUUUCUUAAGUAUAUGGUGCCAAAGAUGAAGGUCCAGUAUGGUGUGCACAUGCUGUACUGGAGUUGCUUAUAUGCAAUCAAGGGCAGCUUCUUGGCCUUCUUUCAUCGGCUGACCGGUGGCCUUCAAACCCCAAGAAAGAUUUUGUGGGUGCUUAUUGGCUUCACUUUCCUCACCUACCUAUCCUUUAUAUUUUCCCUCAUAAUGGUCUGCCCGAGCAUGAACUUCCAAUGCGGGGAACCCGGUAUCAAGCGUUCGAUGAUAAGCAUGCGGUAUGGGACUUCCAUCGACAUCAUCUCUGAUACACUCAUUAUGUUAUUCCCCAUUUUACUCGUCUACCGGCUUAAACUUCCUCUCAUGCAGAAGUUCGGACUCUUCACACUCUUCUCCCUCGGAAUUUUCAUCAUGGUAAUUGCGGCAGUUCGAGUAACCGCCUUGGAUAAUUCUGGCGAGUGGCCUCUAAUGACCUGGCUUAAUUUAUGGUCGAUUAUGGAAGCCAACGUCGCCGUCAUUGUCUGUGCUCUGGGUAGUUUCAAACUGUUGAUUUCCCAAGCUUCCAAGACUCCAACAGACCAGUUGUCGCCCGGGGCCAGAACUCCUGGGUAUUUAAAAAUGUCAGGGAAAGCUACCACCGGAGCCAAUGCAUCCUCGAACAGACAGCACGGCUUGGGCUCGCGGAAGGUAGAUCCCAACGACACCGAGCUAGGGAUAUGGGACUGCCCAGCAGCGAAUAAAUCUACCGAAAAGCUACGAGCGCCAGUUUAA